AUGAGACUUUAAGAAUCGGUAAGAACCGGGUACGUGUCAGCCUGGUAUUGGACCGAGCAUUUAUGUCGUCUCUCUCUUCGUGGGGGAAGAAAUCCGAAAAUCAUUAUUUCUCCUCCGAAAAUCAUGCAAUCUUCUGUCUCUGGCGAUUUUGAUCCAAAAAAUUAUUUAUGUCGUCUCUUCCUCGUCGGUGUUACAAUCCGUCGGGCGAUUUUGAUCCAAUCUCGAUCACUCAUCUUCUCUCUCUGGAUUCAACAUCAUCGAUUAUGUUUUUUUCGCCGAAGAGCCUCAAAAGAAGAAUAAAAAAUAGAGAAAUUGAAGAAGUCGAAGAUGGAUUGAAAGACGAAGCUGAUGAUCUUACCUUUUUUUCUUCGACCUUGUAAGUGAAGAAAGCUCUCACCUUUUUUUCUUUUUGAUUUUGUUUAUGGUAUUGCUUAGAAGCUGAGUUUGUUGUGUAUGGAAUGGAUCUAUCAAAUGAAUGUUGUUUAUCAGUGUUUAGACUUGUAUUGUUGUUGCAUGCAUCAACGAUUUUUGAAAGAUUUGUUCUUGACCAGUGGUGGUUAAGUAUGCUUGAUUAGUUGAUUACUUUUUCUCUCAUGUGUUGCUUUGAUUCGUUGUUACUAGAUUUCUCAAUUACAGAAGCUCUUAUUAAUAAUAUCAAUCAUUUUUUCAGGGAAAGAGAUCGAACGAGGAGAUGAAGAGGACGAUCAUAGGUUUAGAAGUCUACACAUGAGUCAUUGAUAACUUUGGUUUUGACGAUUACUUCAAUGCAAUUGAUCGCGAGAAGGUGUUCUCCUGGAGACGUUUCUAUCCUCUCAUCACUUGUGGUACUAGUCAGAGCCACAGUAGAAGGGUUUGGUGAUCCGCGGACUCUUUUCAUUCAUUACGGACUCAGCAUCAACAAGGCAUCCCUCUUUCACUGCAGUUAGCAAGAGGUAAAUAGACUUCUCUUUUAAUGCUUUGUUAGAUAUUGAUUAGGUUGGGAAUUAAAUGGAGUUAAAUAUAAUGGUAUCUGUUAGUUGUGAUGAUGUGAUUUGCAUUUAGUUGUCGUGGUUCUUUUAGUUUUAGGUAAAAACAUUCAUUGCCAUUUACACAUAAAUUAAGUUACUUCAACAACUAAAAUGUUAAAGUUGCUUUAAAAUCUGAACAAUAGGCUUAAACUUCUCACACGUUUAAACAACUUAAUUCCUGCUUCUUUCCUAUUUUCUUCCCCUUUUCUAUUUCCUGCGAAUCCAUAAACACUUCUAUGGAUUCAUAUUUUCAAUCUUCUAGCUUUCUAGACCUCUUAAACAAUCAACAACAAAACACUCAGCCUAGUGUACAACUCUCUCCCGCGAAUGUCUCUUUUGAUGGUACACAAUGGGCUGAAGAUGCAACCUUGGAAGCUCACAUCGUGGAAGACCGCAAAGAGAGGCGGAAGUGGACACCAACAGAGGACCUGGUGCUCAUCAGUGCUUGGUUGAACACUUCAAAGGAUCCGGUUGUGAGUAAUGAGCAAAAAGCAAUUGCGUUUUGGAAACGAGUUGCAGCUUAUGUUGCAGGAAGUCCUAAGCUUGCUGGAAUGCAAAAGAGAGAGCGAACUCACUGCAAACAAAGGCGGGGCAAGAUUAAUGAAGGCGUCUGUAAGUUCGUUGGGUGUUAUGAGGCUGCAACAAAAGAGAAAUCAAGCGGCCAGAAUGACAGUGAUGUCAUGAAAAUGGCUCAUGCGAUUUUCUUCAAUGAUUACAAGGUGAAGUUCACACUUGAGCAUGCAUGGUUGGAGCUUCGCCAUGAUCAGAAAUGGUGUAGAGCAUCUACUACUAAAGAUAAAGUGCAGUCGAAAAGGAGAAAGCUAGAUGACCAGUCUGCACAAUCAUCAACCUCUGUGCCAGGAGAGGAUGAUCAUUCCGCACGGCCUUCUAGGGUUAAAGCAACAAAGGCGAAAGCUAAAAAGUCUGUGAGCAAGCCGACGUUGGAAGGGGAAGGAAAGGAGUUUCACAGCCUGUGGGAGAUUAGGCAGCAGGACUUUGCUCUGAAGGAUAAGCUGAACAAGCAUAAAUUGCUUGACAGUCUCAUUGCCAAGACAGAGCCAUUAAGUGAACUAGAAUUUGCUUUGAAAAAUCAGCUUAUUAAGGACAUGUUGGCUUAGUUUCAGUGUCUGAGUUUAUGGUUAUGCUUAUGUUUGUGUCUCUUAAUGCUUAUGCUUUUGUGUCUCUUAAUACUUUCGGUUUAAUGCUUAUGUUUGUGUAUCUUAAUGCUUUCGGUUUGUGUCUCUUAAUGCUUUCGGUUUGUUUCUCUUGAUGUUUUUGGUUUGUGUCUGAGUCUGUAACAUUUACGCUUAAUGCUUAAUGCUUAUGCUUUGUGGUGUUUGUUAAGUUAUGCAAAAAUAUUUAUGUUGUGUCUGCUUCUGUUCCACCAUAAUUUUGGUAACAAUGCAGACAAACCCGAGAUGAAUGUCUUGUUAGCGUUGUGUCUGCUUUGUUGAUUUUGUGUACGAGUUGCUUAUUUUAUUUUGUUGCUUUUGCAGAGAUAAAGACCGCCAAGACAUGUGAAUACAUGUGACAUAAGAAACAAACUCAAAAAGCAAGUAUGUUUCAGUCAAAAAGCAAGUGUGUAUCUCGUGAGUCUAUGUAAUCAUUUGAUGUCUUGUUGUAUCUUGUGAGUCUAUGGUGUUGUGUAAACAGUUGCAGUCUUUUUGUAUCUCGUGAGUUUGUGGUCCAUGUAUGUGAUCAAUGUGAUGUCUUGUUGUAUCUCGUGAGUAUGUGGGCCAUGUAAUGAGUUAGUAAACUACUUGUAUGAUAUGUUUUCUUUAUAAAUCAACACAACAACACGAGAGAGAGAGUCGACCAAAUUGUUUCAUCUCCUUCUUGUUUUCUUUAUAACUUGUACCGAGCAAAUAAAACAACAACAAGGCUCGAUUGUUUCUUCUCCUUAUUUUUUUUUCACAUCUCCUUAAAAUUUGUUCUGAACAUUUCUUUCUUAAAUGGCAUCUUCUUCUUUCAAUCCUUUUGAAGAAAUGAAUGAAAGAUUUGAUCAAAUUUGCGAUCAACAAUUCGAUCAACAAUUCGAAAAUCUUCUCAUUCAUUACGGUGAGCAUCAAGAAUCAUCAAGGUCAAAAAAUAAACGAGCCUACAUUGAAAGAGAAUGAGAACAAGGACACAUGCAGUUAUGGAACGAUUAUUUUAGUGAAGAUGCAACAUAUCCGUCUCACAUGUUUCGACGCCGUUUUCGCAUGAACAAGCCCUUGUUUUUGUGUAUUGUUGAUCGACUCUCUGCUAAAAUCUCAUACUUUCAACAAAGAAGAGAUGCUACUGGAAGGUUAGGUCACUCUCCGUUACAAAAGGCAACGGCAGCACUUCGUAUGGAUGCAUAUGGUUGCCCAGCUGAUACGGUCGAUGAAUACUUCCGACUUGGUGAGACCACCGCACUUUUAUGCUUGAAACAUUUUGUUCAAGGAAUCAUAGAUUUAUUUGGAGAUGAGUAUCUAAUAAGACCCACGCCAGAAGAUCUUCAACGACUACUCGAUAUUGGAGAGAUACGCGGAUUUCCCGGGAUGCAUCGAUUGUAUGCAUUGAGAGUGGAAGAAUUGUCCGACCGCAUGGAAAGGUCAAUAUACACGUGGAUCAGGAAAGCCAACAAUUGUUUUAGAGGCUGUAGCUUCACAAGAUCUCUGGAUAUGACAUGCGUUUUUUGGACCUCCAGGUACAUUAAACGAUAUCAAUGUUCUUGAUCAAUCACUAGUUUUUGAUGAUAUAUUUCAAGGUCGAGCUCCAAAAGUGAAUUACAUUGUCAACGGACAUGAGUACCAUUUGGCUUACUAUCUCACAGAUGGUAUUUAUCCAAAAUGGGCUACUUUUUUCCAAUCUAUUCCACUUCCAGAAGGUCCGAAAGCAUCCUUAUUCGCUAAACAACAAGAAGCUGUACGCAAAGAUGUCGAGCGUGCUUUCGGGGUCUUGCAAGCUUGAUCUGCCAUAGUCAAAAAUCCAGCUCUUUUGUGGGAUAAAAUAAAAAUUGGAAAGAUAAUGAGAGCAUGUAUCAUUCUGCAUAAUAUGAUUGUCGAAGACGAACGAGAUGGAUACACUCAGUUUGAUGUAUCAGUUUUCCAACAACCGGAUUCAAACCGAAGUUCACAAGUGGAUUUUGAUUUUACAUCAAAUAUGCCUUCAAAUCUUGGGAAUAUGAUGAGCAUUCGGAAUCGAGGCCGUGAUCCCAAAAUACAUCAACUAUUGAAAGUUGAUUUGGUGGAGAACAUCUAGCAAAAAUUUAGAACAAAUGAAGAUUUCGACUAAUCGGGUUUUUCAAGUUUAUGAUUAGAAUUUGUAUUUUCAAUAUGUUGUAAUAUCUCUUUUUAAAAAACAAAUUAUGUACUUUCAUGUUAUGAAAUAAAAUCAUUCUAUUUAAAAAAUAAAUAUAUUUAAGAACCUCAUAGAAGUUCUACCAUUGGAGGAGAAAAAUUAAAUUAGAUUACCAAAGGUUCUAAACCUAUCUAAUCACUAUAAUUAUUACUAAUUUAUUGAU